CUCUGAGUAGUUGCACUCGUAAACACACAAAAUAACAAUGAAACACUACGCAUUAUCGUGUCUCAUUUUAAUGUCUAUCCAGGCGACGCCGAUCCAUUCAUUACCAAAUCCAAUAAAUAAAAUUUUACUGGAAAAAAUUGAAGACAUUCGUAGCCGAAUGCCUUGCGGAAUAAAUGGAGGACCUGGUCUGGUACCGUUUCGUGAACAAUUUGUCGAUGUUACCUAUAACAACAGCACCAACAUUGGAAUCGAUGGUUUCCUGCAAGAUCUUCUAAUCGACAAUCUAAAUAGCUUCGUCGUGGAUAAAAUCGACUUUAGCCUUCUACGCCUGAAACUGGACUUUGGUUUCACACUACCGCAUACACUGAUUCAAGGUCAAUACAAUAUUACCGGCCAGUAUUCGAGUAGAAUCAAAAUCUGGGGUAGCGGACCAUUUUCCGUUGAAUUGAACGAUUUACAGCUAAGCGGCUCACUGCUUCUAAGAAUUCACCAAGGCUAUUUAGAUAUGACACAAUUACAGACUUUGCUAGCGUUAAAUUCGCUGAGCUCGAACAUUGCUGGCAUCUUAGGUUCCGACGAGGCUUCAUUCGUUUUUAACAAGAUGAUCGAAGAGUUGCUACCAAAAAUGCUCGAUACAUAUAGCACUGACAUUGGACAGAUGAUAAGUGAAUAUUUGCGGCCAAUUGCUAAUCAACAUUUGCAUAAACUGACCCUAUCGGAUAUUAUUGGUGGAGGAGGAACUGAUAAACCACCAUGUGACGUUUGAUAUCAUUCAGUUGUUAGAUGUUAAGUACUUCAAAACAAGAAUCGAACUUAUUGGAAGAAAAUACAGAUCUUGGAUCGAUCAAAUCGU